AUGCUUCCAUCCCAGGAGCUCUCUGAGGGACCCAUGUUACCGAACCUCCUACUUCAGAUCCAUGCGCAAGAACGGACGCGUUUACAAAAGGUCAAUGCUACCCCCAUGUCCUUGGAAACGGCUGGACAGGAACUAUCACUCAUUCGACCGUGGCAUGAACGAACCCGGUGGUACGAGACAUACCGCGAUCGUCCGCGUGAUGUUCUCUAUCGGUUAGCUCUAUUGCCGGAACGUGGUGGUCGGUUAUUCGGAAAGCACUUCGGGACCGUGGGUGGCCAGGAGAUCUGGAGUUCCGCGGAAGACGAGGAAAGGAUCCACCGCAUACUACAGCACGUUGAUAUUGCUUUUGAUCGUUGCGAGGAGACUGUGCGACGCACUGGCCACCCAAUUUUAUCCUGGCUUCGAAGUCGAUUCCCUUCCCGGCCCUUCAAAGCUCCUUCCAGCUCGUCGGACGGGACGAAACUCGCCGUAAGUAUCGACGGCGUUGCAGACAAGUCUUGGGUGUAG